AUGUAUCUUCCUUUUACGACUGGCAUGCACACGACCGUGGCCUUCUGCGGCCUAUUAAUCGUUACCUUGUCGGCAGUUGUGUUGUUGUGUCUCAAGUUCUUUUAUGUGGACUUCCCCGAAGUCAAGGGCAUUCCUGAGAUCCCUGGCGGGAGUUUACUGGCUGGCCACCUACCUCAGCUGGGCAACGACCAUGCUACCACGGCAGCAUCAUGGUCUGCCAAGUAUGGAUGGCCUGUUUUCCAGUUUAGAAUGGGACGUCGACGGGCUAUUAUGAUCAAUUCAUUUGAGUCAGCCCGAGAAUGGCUAGUUAAGAAUCAGUCAGCCACCAUCGACCGGCCAUGGUUCUACACAUUUCACGGAGUUAUUUCAAAAACAUCCGCGGCAACCAUUGGCACAUCUCCGUGGAAUGAGAGGACCAAGAAGCAGAGGCGGGUUGUUGGCUCGUUCACGACUGGGCCAGCAAUGAAGAAGAUGCACGGGAUGCUACAUAUGGAGACCUGCGCCGUAAUCUCCAGGAUCUACUAUGACAGCCUGAAGGGGGCAGUUGAUAUCAUGCCUCAUGUGUAUCAGAAGCGUCUCUCUCUCAACCUUAUGAUGAUGCUUUGCUACGGUACUCGAUUCAAUUCGGUUCAAGAUCCAAUGCUCCUCCAGAUUCUCGAAGACGCUAAAACGAUUGCAAGCUUCCGAUCCACAAACUCCAACCCUCAGGACUUUAUUCCUCACUUGAGGUACCUGGGCACCAACCGGCGCACGGUCAUUGCGACGGAAGUUCGAAACAGACGAGACAAUUGGCUUGGCACUAUGUUCAGUAAUGUUCAGAAAAGCCCCAACAGACUACGACCUGGUGAUAAGAAAUGCGUGGCUGAAAUGCUUCUUGAAGACAACCUUGAGGGCCUUACAAAGCUUGAUAUCAAAACAAUCCUCGGCGGUCUGAUGUCUGGCGGUUUCGAAACAAUCUACUCGACCGUCAUCGUCACCCUUGGGGCUCUAUCAACGCCCCGGGGACAGGAGAUACAGAAUAAGGCAUACGCAGACAUGAUUGGUGCCUACGGCUCAUAUGAGAAUGCAUUUGAGCAAUGCCUUCUCGGAGAGAAGAGCCACUACGUCUCCGGUUUGGUGAGGGAAGCCUUGCGGUUUUACCCGCCCCAUAAGAUUCUUCCAGCACGACAGGUCUAUAAAGACUUCACUUAUGCGGGAGCCACCAUUCCUCAAGGGAUGCUUAUCUACAUCAAUAACCAGGCUGUCAAUUUUGACAAAGAGACGUAUGGUCCUGACGCUUACGAGUUCCGCCCGGAGCGAUGGAUAGAAACAGGAUGCGAUAUACCUCCCCCAUAUCAUUUUGCCUAUGGUGCUGGAGCCCGAAUGUGUACGGCCGUCAACUUGGCGAACCGGAUGCUGUACGGAGUAUUAGUUCGCUUGAUUCUCUCCUUCAAGAUCACAGAGAGUAAGGAAAUGCCCCCGAACGUCCAUUAUAUCGACUACAAGGAGGACUCAACGGCAUCCAAUGCCAUCUCCUCAUUAUUCAAACUUAGAUUCACCCCCAGAGACCCGGGGAUGCUCGAGGAGUGCCUCAAGAAUGCGCACGAGAACCUAACAGAUUUUGUUACCGGAGACAACGCAGAACCCCUCUUCUUAUGA